UGGACCCCGUCCUCCUUCCUCCCGAAGAAAAUUGAUUCCAAACCAAUCUCUGAAACCUAAUAAUCCUUUGAUCUAAAGCCAGAAAUCCUAAUGAAUUAAGUCCUCGAUUAAUGUGUUGUCUCUUGAUUCCGAUAAAGUUCACAGCUUAUAGAGUAAAGUUAUUUGCUUGCAAUGGAUGUGAAAGCAUUGGCAAAAUCAAAGAGGGCACAUUCUCAGCAUCACAGUAAGAGGCCUCAUGGCAGUCAUCCAAAUCAGAAGCUUAAACCCUCUUCAUCGGGAGGUUCAAAUGAUGCAAACACUGGUAAGAAGUCACCGGGCAAGCAGGUGAACGAGAAAGCCCAUCGCUCUAAGGGCUCACCGGCGCUCCCCUCCAACUGGGACCGUUAUGAUGAUGAAGAAUUGGAUGCUGAUUCUGAACGGCUCUCUCUUGACAGUUCCAGUAAAACCUCUGAUGUUAUUUUGCCGAAAAGUAAAGGUGCGGACUAUCGCCAUCUGCUUGCUGAGGCUGAGUCUCAAGAAAAUGCCAGUUUGGGUGGCGUUACUUCUCUGGAUGACGUUCUUUCUGGGGAGUUCAAUGAGGGCUUAAGUGCUAUGCUUGCAGUCAGAGGAGAGGGCAUUCUCUCAUGGGUUGGGGACGAUAAUUUUGUUGUAGAGGAUAAGACAAGUGGCACUCAUGAGGCAUCAUUUCUUUCGUUGAACCUGCGUGCUAUAGCUGAAAAUCUUGCAAAAGUUGACUUAUCAAAGAUACUGUUCAUUGAGCCUGACUUGUUACCCCCGGAGCUGAGGGCCAAAGACUCUACAGCCAGCAGCAAUGAACACCGGGCCACACUGCAAACUACAGAGUUAGCUGAAGAAUCUAGUUUAGAUGAUUUUGCUGCGGGUGAUGAGAUUGCAGAUCGGUUUACGUCAUCUAGUUCCUGUGGUAGCAGCCAAGUUGCUUCAACCCUUCCAUCGGCUGAUGAUAUUGGUGUACCAGUAAAUUAUGUUGAAGCUGAAUGUGGGCGAAUUCACAGUUCAGACCAACACAGAGUACUUGAUCCCAUUUCGGAAGUUAAUUUAUCUUCCACUGAAAAUCCUACAAGGGAAGUCUCAACAUUCGAGGCUGCUGAUGCAGAAGAUGAAUUAGAUAUGCUUCUUGGUUCAGUUAGUGAGAUCAAGAUUAAGGACUCUCCUGGCUUUACUCCCAAUACCUCUUUUCCUGUUUCACGAGGAACCUCUGCUGUGAGUUCACAGAUUCUUAAUAAGGAACCAGAUUCAUCGAAAACCAUAUCAAUUGCUGCCAGUCUUGAUGACGAACUGGAUGACUUGUUGGAGGCAACAUCCAAAGUGAUGAAGCCAAACGCUUCAUUACAUCCACUUGAAGAAAAGCCUGUUCUUCAUGGCACACAAUCUUCUUCUUCUUCUUCUUCUUCACAUUCUAAAACCAACGCUAAAAGCUUAGAUGAAUUAGAGUCAUGGUUAGAUACAAUGUGAGCGAGGUUGUCCUUUAGUCUAAUGUAGAGCCGUUGAAUUUUGAAGUUGUUACAACGUGGAUGAAGUUCUUGAUGAACUUGGAAAAUGACCUGCUAUCUUCAACUGGAAGCGUCUCGUGAUCGUCCCAUUGAUCGUACAUUUGACUCUGUAAUCAUGAGGUGGAGAACUGAUACCCCGUUGCUUUUCAGCCAAUUGAUUGCAGUUACGGUUGCUUCUGAAUGAAUUAUGCCUUGCAGUACUAAAAUCUUGAUGGCGAAAUUUACCAAACUGGAGAGUAUUGUGAGAUCAUCAUUUCGCAUUCCCCGCCAGCCUUGGUAUGUUUGGCUGACGUGUCUUAGAUUCUGUCGUCUGAAGAAAAAGUAGGGGAAGAAAAAAGAAUACUACCCAAGGUUUUUCAGUGAUUGCAAUCAUGAUAAGAUAGAAACUUCGUACAACGAGGCUGGUAGGAAUUUGGAAUAUCACGCUUUUGCCCUAAUUUGAUGGAGUAUAAUGUUCACAUUCCAAGACAUCGCU